GGCGGCGGCGGCGGGAGAUGCCCGGGCGGCCCGCGGGGGCCCAUGUGGCGCGCUAGGUGGGACCCCGGCGUCCUGAAGGCCGAGGCCCUGACCCUGCUGCCCUGCGGCCUGGGCAUGGCGUUCUCCCAGUCCCACGUGAUGGCCGCCCGGCGACACCAGCACGGCCGGCUCGUCAUCGAGGUGGACGAGUACAGCUCCAAUCCCACGCAGGCCUUCACCUUCUACAACAUCAACCAGGGUCGCUUCCAGCCCCCGCACGUGCAGAUGGUGGACCCCGUGCCUCAUGAUGCCCCCAAGCCGCCCGGCUACACCCGCUUUGUCUGCGUGUCUGACACGCACUCGCGGACGGACCCCAUCCAGAUGCCUUACGGUGACGUGCUCAUCCACGCCGGGGACUUCACGGAGCUGGGCCUCCCGAGCGAGGUGAAGAAGUUCAACGAGUGGCUGGGGAGCCUGCCCUACGAGUACAAGAUCGUGAUCGCCGGCAACCAUGAGCUGACCUUCGACCAGGAGUUCAUGGCUGACCUCAUCAAGCAGGACUUUUACUACUUCCCGUCCGUGUCCAAGCUGAAGCCAGAGAACUAUGAGAACGUGCAGUCCCUGCUGACCAACUGCAUCUACCUGCAGGACUCGGAGGUUACCGUGCGGGGCUUCCGGGUCUACGGCUCACCCUGGCAGCCCUGGUUUUAUGGCUGGGGCUUUAACCUCCCCCGAGGCCAAGCGCUGCUUGAGAAAUGGAACCUCAUUCCCGAAGGCGUAGACAUCCUGAUAACCCACGGACCGCCACUGGGCUUCCUGGACUGGGUCCCCAAGAAGAUGCAGCGGGUGGGCUGCGUGGAGCUGCUCAACACGGUGCAGAGGCGCGUCCAGCCACGGCUGCACGUCUUCGGCCACAUCCACGAAGGGUACGGAGUCAUGGCAGACGGGACGACCACCUACGUGAACGCGUCUGUGUGCACCGUGAACUACCAGCCUGUGAACCCGCCCAUAGUCAUUGACCUCCCCACGCCCCGGAACUCCUGACUGCCCCUGCUGUCUCCGCCCUUCCCGCCCGCAUCAGCUACCCAUGCCUGGCCGAGAGCACGGACCCCCAGCCACCCUUCCUUCCAUGCAGACAACCUGGUUGGUCUUGGGGACCAGCCCAACAGAUGGGUUGAGGCCUUGGAGUGAAGAAAAUCACCCCUGACUCUUCAGCCUCCGUCACCUGGAGUCAGGAGCCUGCGGGUCGCCGUCAGCCGCUCUGCGCUCAUUACUGUAUUCCGUGUGUACAUUCCCGCGUGUACCUUGUCAGAGGACCUACCAGGCUCGUGGGCCCCUCCUGCCCGGGAAUGGACGGCCUCUUCAUCCUUCUCAGUCGGAUGCCCUUGUGGGUUUGGGAAGCUGCUGCUUCUGGACAGACUUCGGAAAGUUCUAGCACAAAAUCUCCCUCUCACUGAGGGUCUGUGUGGCUGCAGGCCCCAGGGUGGGGGCGGGCGGGAGGUUUUGUAGCCAGGGUGCAGAUAGUCCGCUCUCUCCUCUGGGCUGGAGAGGAGACGGGCCUGCCUUGCAGCUGGGGCCCUCGAGGGAGCGAUCAGGGACGACUCAGGAAUUCGGACCGCACCUGGCCAGCCCAGUGAGCCGUCUGCCUCGCCUUGUGACCCCGCUUUCUUCCUGUGGGCACCUUUGCGGACUUGAACAGUGGCCUGAACAUCCAGGUACCUGCUCGGAGCCUGGAUCGGGUUGGGGGGCGGUGGGGUUGUUUCUACAGAACGAGCCACGUUAGCAUCUGCGUCUGGCUGGAAGGUUCCCGAGUCACAGACGGCCCCUGGUCCCGUGCUCUGCAGAGCUCAACAGGCUGGAGGGUCCGCAGACUGAGGCCGCACUGCCACGUGUGUGCGCCCAGGCAGGUGUGCGUGCACACGCGUGUGCACACACACACACACACACACACACAUACACAGACACGCUUCUUAACUUCAUGAAGUGGAGCCCGUGCUUCUCAUUACUGUCCUUGAAUGGAGUUCCAUUCCUUGGUGUGAUUCCCCGAGCUGAGUGGCUCCCGGUCCUUGUCAGUGUCCGUCCGUCAGUCCUGUUAACGGGAGGCAGGUGCAGCGGCAGAGCCGGCCUGGGUCUGGGUUCCAGCGGCUCCCUGCAGGGGGACAACUUCUUUUUUCUUUAAAUUAGGCCUGGGAGGGGUGGGGUUGGGCUGAGUCUCCUAGGAAGGGGGACCUGGCAGGGUUUCUCCUUAGGGUACGAGACGCAGGGUCCCCACGUGCAGGGUCCGACUCUGUCUUUAUUUCCAGUUUUGAUAUUUUGUUCAUCAAGGAUAUUGUGUCUGAAUCGAUUUGGAUUUUUAAAAGACAUUGGAUUAAAAAGCGUCACAUUUCUCUCUCCUGCUGAGCCUUUUGGGAUCCCCUUGGGCCUCUGGGAGGAGGGCCUCACUCACCUCCCACUGGGCCCAGCCCUGGGAGCCAGCACAUCAGCCAGCCCUUUGCAAACACAAUCUCAUUUCACCCUCAGGCACUCCUUUGAGUUUAGCACUGCUGGCCCCUUUUGAGAGGUGAGGAGAUAGAGAUCAGAGAGGUGAGGUCACUUGCCUGAGGGCGCCCAGCUCAGAAGGGGCAGAAGCAGGACUUGAGCCUUGGUCUCUGGCUUUAUAGUGUCUGCUUUGCCACCACCCAAACCUCCACCCCUACAAGGCACUUAUUUUUUGAGGGUCCGGUUCGGGACCUCUGUGGAUUGUUUCUCAGAGAGAGAGCCCCUGGAGCCCCGAGGAGUCCCAAUCUCUGAGCCCAGCACCCCGGCAGCCUGGGAGACCACAACUCCUUCCCUACUCACGUGGGGCUCCCCAUGGGGCGACGGACACUGGGCACGCAGGGAGCCUGACAGCAGCACCGCCCUGAGACCUGCUGCGCUUGGUGGGGGUGGGGGCCGGGACUUCAGGAGUCCGAUCGGCUGAGUGGCUCCUGGUGGCCCGGGAUGUUUACAAGGUCUCUCGGGAAGCCCCAGAUGCAUGGCGUGUGCGCACGCGUGGGGUGGAGAAGACCCGGGGCCCUUUCAAACACCUCUACCGAAUUUCUAUGUGGACCAAGAACUAUAAACUUGAAAACAAUUUUUUCCUAAGGUAUCUUCAGAAUAUGGUGUAUUUUUAUGUGGAAAAGAAAAGUUAUGAAGGCAGCUGUUACUUUGAAAGAAAAUUCAUUAAAAGUCCUUGAGGUAUGAAAGAUGAUGGCGUGCACUCAAUCAUUUCGGCAUAACUUGAUUGUGGCUGUAAUUUUUUUUGUCAAGCAUGUCAGACAAUAAAGUCUUUGUAAAAAGAAA